AUGAAACUGUUAAGCUGGAAUGCACGAGGGCUUGGGAACCCUCGUGGCAUUUAUGCUCUUUCUGAACUUAUCAGAAAGGAAGAUCUCGAAGUUUUGUUCUUACAAGAGACAAAACUGAACACAACAAAAAUGGAAUUCUGUCGAAUAAAAAUGAAAUUCUAUGGCUGUUUUAACGUGGAGUCGGUGGGGCGUAGUGGAGGAUUAACAAUCCUUUGGAAACCGGAUGUCCAUUUAACUAUUCUCAGCUACUCAAAAAGUCAUAUUGAUGCUAAAAUCGAAUCACUCCUGCACAGCUGGUUUUUAACAGGUAUCUAUGGUCACCCCGAUACCAAUAAAUGUAUUGAAACCUGGAAUCUAAUACGAAGUAUGAAGAGGGACCCUUUAGAACCGUGGCUUGUCUUUGAUGACUUCAAUGAAAUUUUAUCUAACGAGGAGAAAUGGGGAGGUUGUGACAGACCUCGACAACAACUAGAAAGCUUCCAACAAAUGUUUUUUGAUUGUGAACUAAGAGAUCUCGGGUUUAAAGGGCCCCAUUACACUUGGAACAAUGGAAGAUAUGACUCGGCACAAAUUUUUGAAAGGCUCGAACGUUUCACUGGAAAUGCUUCCUGGUGUCAAUUAUUUUCAGAAGCCACGGUUACUCAUGGUUCCACAGCAUAUUCAGAUCACCAGCCUAUUUGGGUCCAGCUUUACGGUGCUCACCAAACUCCCAAAGGACCUAAACCAUUCCAUUUCGAAUCAAUGCGGAUAGGCGAAAAGGCAUGCACUGAUAUUAUACUUGAUAAUUGGUCCGAUUCUAGUCCUCAGGGUCUGGAUAACAUUAUGGAAAAUAUUAGAUGUUGCAGCAAUCAGCUUCAGUCUUGGAAUGUAUCCAAGUUUGAAGUGCAAGUGCAAGUGCAAGUGCAACUCAGCAACGCCAAAACAAAGCUUGCGUAG